ACACGCAGCCUGAUAUAGUGAAGUGACAAGCUGGCAUUGGAAUAAAAGCUAACACUCAUUAGAUGCAUCCUCCACAAAACUAUAUUAUUAAUUAAAUCCUUCUUUACAUGUUCACAAGUCGGACGAAAAUGUUUUUACCAGAUCACGCCAAAGUUGAACCUUGAACCUGCAUAUCAGCACCACCCACCCACCCAACCCGCUAACCAACCCCUUGCCUCCACUCUUGGUGGUGGAUAUAUCCUUUAUGCAGUUCAAAAGUUGAGGAAUUAAUUAUUCUUGUUAUUAGAUUCAUGUCUACUUUCAGAGAGAAUGAUAGUGAAGAAAAAGAGCAAUGUUGUGAAGAGCGAAAAUCAAGAUUUGUGAGUCUCAUCCGUCAGUACUCCCUUGAACUGUCUCACACUAUGCGUGGUUUCAAGCUCAAAGAGCGUUGUAAGACUAAUCAAGUCCAUGCUUACAACCCAUACCCAUCUGAAACUUCAAGUAGUAACCCUUUUCCUAUUGCCACAACAUCCAAGCUUCACUACCCUACAAUCAACUCCAUUUUGGCAGAAUCUCCUGCUACUGUUUCACUUUCAACAACUGAGUCUUUUCUCCCCUAUGGGCUUCCAAGAACCGAUUCUUUUGAGCCCCCAGUUGAACUUUGUCUCAAAUCUGUUGAUUUUGUUGAAUCUUUAGCUGAGCUCUACCGUAAACUUCAGAUUACCCAAGAUUUUAACAAAUCUUUGGUUCAUUUAGAACAGUAUGCUCUGUUGUACAGCCUUGGUGAUCCAAAGUUGCUGCGUAGGUGUCUUCAAUCGGCUCGUCAACAUGCGGUUGAUGUGCAUUCGAAGGUAGUUUUUUCAGCAUGGUUGAGGUUUGAGAGGAGAGAGGAUGAGUUGAUAGGAUCAUCAGCGUUGGAUUGUAUUGGAAGAGUACUUGAAUGCCCCAAGGCUGCUUUGUUACAUGGCUAUGAUCCCAACUCAGUUUUUCAUCAUUGUCAAUGUCAUGGAGCAGCUAAUGAGAUCUCUGAUUUUCGUAUCUCAGAUGGAAAUAAUUUUCUCACCUCAGAGAAGGAUGGCAUUGUUUACUUCUGCAUAGGCAACGAGGAAGUCAACUGUAUUCGAGGUAAAAUUGCAGCUCUGUCUGGUCCAUUAAGAUCAAUGUUAUAUGGUGAUUUCAUUGAGUCUGAUAAGCAAAGAAUUGAUUUUACAUACAUUGGUAUAUCUGUGGAGGGAAUGAGAGCUGUAGAUUUCUUUAGUAGGACAAGAAGAUUAGAUUCUUACCCACUCAACAUACUUCUGGAGCUUCUUUCAUUUGCAAACAGAUUCUGUUGUGAGGAAAUGAAAUCUGCUUCUGAUUGUUACAUGGCGUCUUUGGUUUCUGAUAUUGAUGAGGCGUUGGUUCUUAUUGAUUAUGCUCUGGAGGAGAGAGCACAUCUGCUUGUCACUUCUUGCUUGCAGCUUAUACUAAGAGAGCUUCCAGGUUACUUGUACAAUCCAAAGGUUCUGAACAUAUUUUGUAGAUCUGAGGCUAGGGAUAGACUUGCCACAGUUGGGCAAGCUUCUUUCCUGUUAUAUUAUUUCCUUAGCCAGGUAGCAAUAGAAGAUAACAUGAUGUCCAAAGUUACAGUUAUGUUGUUGGAGAGGCUGAAGGAGUGUGCUAGUGAAAGAUGGCAAAAGGCACUAGCUUUGCAUCAACUUGGGUGUGUGUUGCUAGAAAGGAAGGAUUAUAAAGAAGCUCAACAUUCUUUUGAGAUGGCAAUUGAGGCUGGUCAUAUUUAUUCAAUUGUAGGUGUUGCACGAGCUAAAUUCAAGCAAGGGCAACAGUUUUUGGCUUUUGAGCUAAUUAAUGGUAUUAUUUCGGAGUAUACACCUACAGGGUGGAUGUACCAAGAGAGGUCUUUGUACAGCUUAGGCAAACAAAAGAUUUUGGAUGUUAAUGAUGCCACCAGAUUGGAUCCCACCCUUUCUUUUCCUUACAAAUACAGAGCCAUUGUGAUGGUAGAACAGAGCCAGAUUGAGGCUGCUAUUGUUGAGAUAAAUAGAAUUGUUGGUUUUAAGGUCUCUCCGGACUGCCUUGAACUGCGGGCUUGGUGUUUUAUUGCACUUGAGGAUUAUCCAUCUGCUAUAAGUGAUAUCCGAGCAUUGUUGACUCUAGAACCAAAUUAUAUGAUGUUCUGUGGGAAAAUGAGGGCUGACCACCUGGCUGAGCUUCUCAGUUUGCAUGUUCAGCCAUGGAGUCCUGCAGAUUGCUGGAUGCAGCUCUACGAUCGAUGGUCAUCUGUUGAUGAUAUUGGUUCAUUGGCUGUUAUACACCAGAUGCUCAUAAAUGAUCUUGGGAGGAGCAUUCUGCGAUUCAGGCAAUCUCUGCUCCUAUUACGGUUAAAUUGUCAAAAAGCUGCAAUGUGCAGUUUGCGCCUGGCCCGGAAUCAUUCCACUUCCACAUAUGAAAGGCUUGUGUACGAAGGAUGGAUUUUAUAUGACACUGGACAUCGUGAAGAAGCACUUGCUAAGGCUGAGGAAUCCAUUUCUCUCCAAAGGUCAUUCGAAGCCUUUUUCCUUAAAGCAUAUGCUCUAGCUGAUACAACUCUGGAUUCUGAAUCUUCAUCUUGUGUCAUCCAACUGUUGGAGGAAGCACUUAAAUGUCCUUCCGAUGGUCUUCGCAAGGGACAAGCAUUAAAUAAUCUAGGAAGUAUUUACGUGGAUUGCAAUAAACUGGACCUCGCUGCAGACUGCUAUGUUAGUGCCCUCAAGAUAAAACAUACAAGAGCUCAUCAAGGGUUAGCUCGUGUAUAUCAUCUCAAAAACGAUAGGAAAGCUGCUUCUGAGGAAAUGACAAAGCUGAUAGACAAGGCUCAGAACAAGGCGUCGGCUUAUGAAAAGCGGUCUGAGUAUUGUGAUCGUGACAUGGCAAAUAGUGAUCUCAGUAUGGCUACAGUAUUGAAUCCUCUAAGGACAUACCCUUAUAGAUACAGGGCUGCAGUGCUCAUGGAUGACCAGAGGGAGACUGAGGCUGUGGAGGAGCUUACAAGAGCCAUUUCUUUCAAACCUGACUUGCAAAUGCUUAAUCUUCGAGCAGCAUUCCAUGAAUCAGUGACUGAUUCCUCACGUGCUCUCAGGGAUUGUGAAGCAGCCCUCUGCUUGGAUCCCAAUCACAGGGAUACCUUAGAUCUGUACAGUCGCACGCGUAUUCAAGCACUGAAAAACACGUGAAAUAUUCUGAGCAACAACUAGUCUUGGGGAGUACAUUCUGCUAUUGAAGAAAAAGCAACUGCUUGAGCUUUCAACUUCUAAUUUUGUUCAGAUAUGUGGCUCAAAGCUGUACGACAUUCUGAUGUGUAUGAAUUGUUGACCUAGAUAAACUGGGAAAUCAUUGAGGAAAACAGCUAAUUGGAUUGGUGUACAUAUGAUUGAUGAACUGUUAAAGACACGGUAAAAAGUCGUCCUUGAAGAAGCAAAGCAGAUCAUUUCACAGACAGCAAAAUCAGCAGGCAUACUCACUCUCAUAGUGCUUUGACAUUCUUGGUCAUCAAGAAUUGAAAUUCUCAAUUUUUUCAUCCUUAGUACCCUUUAUACAACCAAGAAAGAGGUUAAAAAUCUCAUUUGUUGCGAAAGUUCAAGACGAACUUUUCUUUCUCCUCUUCUGUAAAACAAUUAAGUGGCUGACGUGCAGAAGUUCUCUGUU